CCCCGCCCACCGCCUGGAGGGCUCGAGACUGGGCUAACGCGCACGCGCAGGCCGCGCGAGGCUGUUGAAAGGCGCGGCCCAGAGCGCCGGCGGGCGGGAGUCAGCCUGGGGAUGGGGCUGACGUGACCUGAGACCUGUGUGAUCCAGAGCCCCCGAUCCCAGCCCCCAUCCUGUGGCUUGUUCCGGGCCCCCUGGGUUCCGCGAUUCCCCUUAAAAGCUGGGGCCCAGGCACAGGAACGACAGGCGUUGCAGCCAAUGGCGUACCGAACGAUAAACAUGGUACCCAAUCAAAAGGCACGGCUGCGAGGGAACCGGGUGGGAACCACGCCGGACUCCAGGUGAUUCCUUGGCUGGGAGGGGAGAGUGUCUCGGUCAGCUGAUAGGAUCCUCACUCUGGUUCAUCGGGGCGAGUUACUGGGGACCAAGGUGCGGGAACGAGCGGGCAGUGGCCGGCCGCGCAAUCCUUGUGUGCUGCAGCCGAGAAGGAGAGUGAUGGAGGAGCAUCAAGAGGCUGGGAAGGAGAGCAAGCCCUCCUCCAAAUCAGUGGACCUGCAGGGGGACAGCUCCUUACAGGUGGAGAUCUCUGAUGCAGUGAGCGAGCGGGACAAGGUUAAAUUCACCGUUCAAACCAAGAGCUGCCUCCCUCACUUCGCCCAGACCGAGUUCUCAGUCAUACGGCAGCAUGAGGAGUUCAUCUGGCUACAUGACACCUAUGUGGAAAAUGAGGAGUACGCUGGCCUUAUUAUCCCCCCAGCCCCUCCAAAGCCAGACUUUGAGGCUUCAAGGGAAAAGCUACAGAAGUUGGGUGAAGGAGACAGCUCCGUCACUCGGGAAGAGUUUGCCAAAAUGAAGCAGGAGCUAGAAGCGGAGUACCUCGCUAUCUUUAAGAAGACAGUUGCAAUGCAUGAAGUCUUUCUGCAGCGCCUGGCGGCCCACCCUACCCUGCGGCAAGACCACAACUUCUUUGUCUUUUUGGAAUACAGCCAGGAUCUGAGUGUCCGAGGAAAGAACAGCAAGGAGCUCCUUGGGGGGUUUCUGAGGAAUAUUGUGGAGUCUGCAGAUGAAGCCCUCAUCACCGGCAUGUCAGGGCUCAAGGAGGUGGAUGACUUCUUUGAGCAUGAGAGGACUUUCUUGCUGGAGUACCACACCCGCAUUCGUGAUGCCUGCCUGCGGGCAGACCGUGUCAUGCACUCCCACAAGUGCCUGGCUGAUGACUAUAUCCCUAUCUCUGCUGCACUGAGCAGCCUGGGAACACAGGAAAUCAACCAGCUAAAAACGAGCUUCUUCAAAUUGGCAGAGCUCUUUGAACGACUAAGGAAGCUGGAAGGCCGAGUGGCCUCAGAUGAGGACCUGAAGUUGUCAGACAUGCUGAGAUACUAUACGCGAGACUCACAGGCAGCCAAGGACUUGCUCUAUCGGCGGCUGCGGGCCCUGGCUGACUAUGAGAAUGCCAACAAGGCUUUGGACAAGGCACGCACCAGGAACCGGGCAGUGAGGACUGCUGAGAGCCACCAGCAACUGUGCUGCCAGCGCUUUGAACGCCUCUCAGACUCAGCCAAGCAGGGUAAGCCCCGUGGCCCUGAAGCCCAACACUGGGCUGCCUACCCUGCCAGGGUUCCCAUUCCUCUCUGCUCUCCAGAGCUCAUGGACUUCAAGUCUCGGCGUGUCUCCUCUUUCCGCAAGAACCUCGUCGAGUUGGCGGAGCUGGAGCUUAAACACGCCAAGGUGAGCCUUCCAUCCUUACUGGGCCCUCCUGCUGCCUCCCCGACCCCCAGGCCUCUAGGUUCUUACCAAGUGUCUGUUUAGGGGAGAGGGUCAGGCAGCUGAGAGCUGUCCCAGCUGAGGUUCGGGGCCUUUAUCGACAGUAAGCAUUCAAUAAAUGGCAGCUGUUACUGCUGAGGAUUGGGGUGAGGGGAGAAUGAGGACAAUUAUGAGGUGCAGGAAGGGCAGCACCAUCUCAGAAAGCAUGGUGGCACAGGCGGGGGACAUUCAGGAUCUCUCUUCUCUGCAGGCUAGCACGCUGCUUCUCCGGAACACUCUUGUCACCCUCAAGGGGGAGCCUUAGAGCAGCCAGCCUGCUCCGGGGGCAUUUAGUGCCAUGAGUCCCCCAGGCCUCCCACCCCAGCAAGAUGCCUCCCCUUCCACACCACAGCAGCCACUAGGAGCCAUCACCUCCCAGGGCAAACCCAAGCUCCACCCCCACCCCAAGGUGCCAGGCCCUGCAAGAGGAAGGUAGGGCAGCAUGGGCACUGUAUUUGGCCACAGGUAAGCCAAACCCCAACUUGGGGGAAGCACAGGAGCCCUGACCUCCCUCCCAAGGGGGCUGAGGGCCAGCCUCCAUUCACCCUCUGGCUCCAGAGUUCAGCUGUCCCCAGCCUGUUCACAAAUAAACCACCUGGUUCUGUAACAAGGAGGCCUGCUUUGUCCUCACUUCCCAUGGCUCCAGAGCCCACCAGGCAGUCCUGCCACCAGGGCACUAUGGAAACCAGAUCCUGGGGGAGCUAGGGAGGCACCCUGCGACAUCCUCAGCCAUUUCCCGGAGUGCCAGCUGACUCUCCAUAGGAAGGGCAAGACCCAAUGCUUGGGACCCAGGAGCAGUCUUCAAGGCAUGUCACCACCCCCGUAAACUCCUGGCAUGAACCACACACAAGACUAAUCACAACUCCCUCUACACCUCUUUUCUAAGCAAAAUGAGAACUACCUUACUCCUCCCUGGCUCCCUCCCAAAUACUAACAAGCUCUAAGAAACUAAGGAGCCAGCUCUAACUCAAGGCUUUUUCAGUUCAAUUGACUGGGGUGGAGGUAUUAAAUCCUGCAUUACCACCCCUAGGGCUAGACUGCGAGGAUACCUUUACCUGCUGGGCAGGUUAAAGCCCAAAGUACAGGCUGGAGAGCCCACAGCAAUGCUGGCCAAAGGCUUGGGGCUCUAGCCAACACCCUCUUGGUUAAACACAGGGAGGUGGGGCCCAAGACACCUGGGUCUGAAGUCCUGAGCUCCACCUGACUGGCUCCACCCUGGACUCUAGCCACAUCUACAUAAGGCCAAAGGUUCAACUUGACUUCUGACUCACAGGAGCCCCUGGACCCAGCCCUCAUAAAUGAGUCAGCAGCUCAGGGAAGGAGGUAGCAAAAAGACCAAGCUCAAGAGGCUACCUGUGACUUGCAAUCUUGCAGCUCACAUCUGGGCAGGACUGAAGAGGGAAUCAGAGAAGAGACCUCACUGCCCCACUGCCCAUCAGGGUCAAGGCUACAGAAGCAGUUCAGACACAAAGCUCCUUCCGCUCCAUGGCCCCUGCAGACAUGCUCUGGCUCAGCUACCUCCUAAACAACCAGUCUCUGGGGCUAGAUGAGGGUGUAGGGGCUUGUUAGAGGUAAGAUACAGAGAAGAGAUGCAGCUUACACUCCCAGCGUACCUCCCCCACAAGGUUCCCUGGGCCCCAACCCUGAAACAAACAUCCUAUAAACGAGCCUUUUUAUUGUUGUGUCUCUUUUUCUUUUUUUUUAAUUGUAGGUUCCUUACUGGUCCUACUUCAUGAGUGGCCAUGACUAGUUGGAAAAGGGGAGGGAAACCAGGCGGCGUGGGGAGGAGGAAUCAUCUUCACAACAUUCCAUUUAUACACAGAACUAAACAGACAAGCACAGAGUCACUAUUGCGGUUAGAAGUUGGCAGCUUGGGAAACGGAGGAACAGGUGGGGUGUUGGGGUAUCGUUAAAAAAAA